AUGAAGAUAACAACAUGGAAUGUCAGGGGUCUAUCAGCCCCUGACAAAAAAUGCUUGGUCAAGAGCGCAAUACAAAGAAUUUCAGGAGAUAUUAUAAUGCUGCAAGAGACCAAGCUAAAUGAAGAAAAAGCAUCCUUUUUCAAAUCUUUUAGUAGGAUGUGGGACGGAGAUUUUCAGGAGGUGAAUGGGUUCGUGGGUGGAUUGGCGGUUCUAUGGAACCCAAAUAAAGUUUUAGUUUGUUUGAUCUCCAAGCAAGAAAAUUGGAUGCAAUGUAAAGUAAGAGUUUUGCAGGAAGAUCUGGUAUUUUCUUUGUUCAACGUUUAUGGUCUGACCAAGAUAGAAGAAAAGAAAAGGGUUUGGAAAGAAAUCUCAGAACAAAUUAGAAUGGUUGAUUCGGAGAAAGUGAUAGUGGCGGGAGAUUUCAACGCUAUACUCAAUAAUGAAGAAAAAACUGGAGGAUUAAGAAUGAAUGCCCGUGUGAUGGAAGACUUUAGAGAUUUUGUGUCAGAUAAUAACCUUUUCGACGUUAUCCCUAAAUCAAGAAACUUUACAUGGACUAAUAGGAGGGUGAAUUUUAGUAGAAUUUCGUAG